AUCCUGCGGCUGCUACAUCUCAAGCUAGUAGAGAGGAAGUGGAUUCGCGAUCAGUGUUUAUUGGCAAUGUGAGGCUUCAUUCUUCAAGUUUCUGAUUAACUAGUUCUGAGAUUGGGUCAAAGUGUUUAUGAUAUUAAUACCUGGGCUAGUAAAAAAGUGCACAUGAUAAUGUGGCAGAGAAAGUGAUAAGAAUGAAAUUUUGGGAAAAGAAAUUUUGAAGGCUUUUGAAACCAAUAAUUUGAAAAAAGAAAGAAAGAAAGAAAAUGAAAAGAAAAGAAAGUAAAGAAGGGAGGUGAUAAAUGCCAAAAUCUUUCUGAGUUAUAAUAACAGAAAAAAAGAAGAAGAGAAUCAACGGAGCUAUAGGUUAGGAUUAAAGAGUGUUGGUUGAGUUAAUUUGAAUGAGUUCUUGAGCCAGGAUGGACACAGGAAAAGAUGUGGUUCAAGAUUCCUGAGCCUAGACUCAAUCAGGUAUGAGUAGCAUGCAGGAAGGGUGAAGACUAGCUAUGUACAAAGUACAAGCCCACAGAGCUACUUGUCAUGGAGGUUAAUGCUCAAGGAAUGAGUAGGCAUUUUACUCCUUAUGGUGGACUAUUCAUGCACCCCUGAAGAAGUGCAGCAGCACUUCCAAUCAUGUGGGACGAUAAAUAGGAUCACUAUUCGUACUGACAAGUAUGGGCAGCCAAAGGGUUACGCAUAUGUGGAAUUCUUUGAGACAGAGGCUGUUCAAGAGGCUCUCCUUCUGAAUGAAACUGAAUUGCGUGGCCGCCAAUUGAAGGUGACUGCUAAAAGGACCAAUAUACCAGGGAUGAAGCAGUUCCGUCCUCGUCGACCCAACCCUUACAUGGGGCUUCCACCCAGGGCCUCACAUAUGCCUCCUUAUUUCUACUCUCCUUAUGGAUAUGGGAAGGUUCCAAGAUACAGAAUGCCUAUGCGUUACAGCCCCUAUGGCUGAAUCCAGAUAGACAGAUCCAGCAAAAUUAUUAGUUUCUCUUUUGUUAUCAUGGAUCAUAAUGUUUUGGGUAAAUCAAUGAGCAAAGGCGAAGUUUUGCCCCUUGUAUUAGUGUGGUGGCAUGUGUGAGAAUUAAGCAGACAAAACAACUUAUGAUUUCGACAGACAAUGCUUUCUAUAACAUAUUCUUGCUUGAGCUUAA